CUGAAACGAUCACCGCGCUCCGACCAGUUACCGAGAUAAAUCCGUACGAGAAAGUGCGUCUUAAAACACAGCCGACUUGAUUUCGUUUAGUGCGCGAUCGGCGCGCUCUGUUCUGAGUGUUGAUCGGUGUUAAAAACCUGCCUGUGGUGGCGGAUUAUCAACCAAACAGUGGCAAAAUGAUCAUGGACACUUUAGACUCGCUGCCUAAUCAGCACCACCACCAUCAUCAUCAUCAUCACUCUUCAGCUUUUCUUUUGACAGAGAGUGCGGCGGCCGCUGCAGCUGCACAUCACUUCAACGUUUUGAGCUUCGAAACUUGUCUGUAUAAAACUGGCGCUAGCAGCAAUAGUGGUGGCAGCCCCAUUCCAGCAUCUAUUUGCACUCAUAUAGAUGAUCAUUUGCCCUCUGAGGCUCAACCGGGAGAUCUCAACACCCCUGUAACCACCUCCGGAGACGUACCGAGUUUCUUUGGGCCUAGUACUGUCAUUGAACCUCCCCCUAUUACAGGAUCGUUGGACCCCGAAGAACUAUCCAUUGAGCAACAGCAGCAGCCACAAUCAAGUCCCCAACAGUCUCCAAGUGGUAGUCAUACUGCGGAACGCGUUACCCCUCAAGAGUCUGCAUUGUCCCCCAGCUUGAGGGAAGAGGAAAAUACGAACCACAGUACCCUCAGCAUGUAUCCCCAUUCGGGCAACAAUAAUAUGGCUAAAAUGCAACAAAGAAAUUACACGUCUGCUGGAAGUCCGAAUUUAUCGAGUAGCCUGCAAAUGCACAGUACCAGCCCUCUAGGCAUUGGUAGUCAGACUAUGGGUCAUUCUCCCUCUGCAGUGAACCAGUGGUUGUUAUCGACGGGUGAUAAACCGAUGUAUCCUUCAAUGUUUGGUCUGCUCCAAGGCCCUUCUCAAAGCCCUCAGCAACAAUAUCCAUCUGCCACACCUAGCCCUGCUGGAACACAAUAUGAUGACAGAUCUCAAACGGAGCAGUUGAUGCUGAGUAUGGAAUGUACCGGAAAUCUAGCCUUGAAACAACCACCUUCAUACCCGAGUUGUUCAGCGACAAAUACCAACCUCAUCGACAUGCAACAGGAUUUGGUGUAUUCCAGGGUGAGCCAGCCUAUGACGAAUACUGCAAAAUACCAAUGGGAAAGUCAAGAGUACGGAUCCCCACAAAACACCAGUGCAUUAGUUAUACCGGGUCCUUCCAGUCUGGUACCCAAACAAGAACCUUUCAGUAGUGCGUGUAGUGGUGAUCUUGGACAGAGCACAAGUUCAGGUUACAAUGUUCAACUGGCUGAAUACAACCCAUCAACAAGUAAGGGACAUGAAAUCUUGAGUCAGGUGUAUCAACAGAGCCCUAUACCGCUCAAGUUGAUACCGGUGAAACCGCGAAAAUAUCCCAAUCGGCCCAGUAAAACGCCUGUACAUGAAAGACCUUACGCGUGUCCCGUGGAAAAUUGUGAUAGGAGGUUUUCACGCUCUGACGAGCUGACGCGACAUAUCCGGAUACACACGGGACAGAAACCGUUUCAGUGCAGAAUUUGUAUGAGAAGCUUUUCGAGAUCGGAUCAUCUAACUACGCAUAUCAGAACGCAUACCGGAGAAAAACCAUUUUCGUGCGACAUUUGCGGAAGGAAAUUUGCCAGGAGUGACGAAAAAAAGAGACAUGCAAAGGUGCAUCUGAAACAGAGGAUGAAGAAGGAAAAUAAACUUGGAAAUAACAAUAACAAUUCGUCGCAAUCCACCUCGUCCUCGAUCCAACCUGCGCAAACUCCGCCGCAAACGCACCAUCAUCAUCUCCUUCCUCAUCAACAGGUGGCUCAACAUCUACAUCAGUCUCAUACAGUGACCAGUGAGGAAGCCAUGAACCUGCCCGUGGUAACAACUACUCUGUGAGAAAUACCCACCACCGGGAUCGAACCCGGUGAAUGUGUGCUACUAAUACGCGACGACUGUGAUCUUGGCGUGCUAGAUCUUGACCAGCCCAGAAUCAUUUUUGUUCAAAUUGAAUAGGAUGCAUUGAAAAUACCUGAUUUUUUGAUCUCGUCAUUAGUUUGAGGCCUAUCAUAUAGAGCCGUUAACGUCUACAGAAUCUGUGUCAUUCUGUUUUCUUUGUAUCAAUUCGAUAACUAUUAUUGCAGUCAAGACGAACAAUAUUGUAUUUGUCUGAAAAUAUUUUUCAAAAAAUUUCAAAACCGUGUCUCAAGAAAAUAGGAAAAACGGGGAAUGAAUCUCCAGAAGUAAUUGAAUUCGGUAAACAAAAUAAUUUUUUUAAGAAAAUAUAUUUCAUGGAAGUUUAUCUAUUCAUUGACACUCGAAUUUAAACAAGGAAGGAUUUUAGAGACUUGAAAUGUCAUGUAUACUAAAUUUUAUAUGAUAUGUCGAUGAUAACCGUGUUGGGGUAUGAACCACAGACUGAUUUUUUGCGAUUUUUGAUCGCCUAGAGGUUUGUUGUUGAAAUUGAGAAUCCUAUUUUUGUAUGUUUCAAAAUAAUUGUUGAUCGUAAUGUAUAUUUUAUUUGCCAGAGUGUUUUGAACACUUUAACUAGAUUUUUUAACCAUUUAGGAAGAGUAACAAAAGCUUUAAUUAAUGAUUUAAUUUUAAAUUUGUUUUGGAUCACAUUUGCCAAAUAAUCUUUGAAUACAUUCCGUACUAUUUUUUAUGUUGGUAAUUGUGAAUCUAUAUAAUCUAUUUAUUUUUGUAGCCAAUAAGAGAAACUGAUAUAGUCAAUAACAAUGCAGUUGGAAAUACGAAAUUCUACGCGUACAAACAUGUAAAUUAUAACUACCGCCUGAGAAGUUUGUUUGAAAGAAAUGUAUUGUCUGCCUUAAGAAGUGUCUUCAAUAUUGUAACAAUUCGAAUCAUUUGCAAAGUCAUAUUAAACAGAAUAAAUAGAAGUUACCUAUACCACCGAUGAAAAUGUAGACAUAUCCAAAAUUUUGUUCAGA